AUGGCUCUUCCGCCGAAGUUUGCGGGACAAAGACUACCUGCAACAGCACACGGAUUCCAGCACACUCUGGAAUUAUAUCUUGACUAUGUUUGUCCUUUCUCUGCAAAGUUGUUCAACACAUUUUAUACUACUUUCGGGCCAGUUAUCUCUCGACAGGACCAUUCCAAGCUCCAGGUUAUAUUUCGCCAGCAUAUACAACCUUGGCAUCCAUCAUCGACAUUGACUCAUGAAGCUGGGGCAGCCGUUCUGAAAAUAGCCCCAGAGAAAUUUUGGGAAUUCAGCGCUGCGUUAUUCAAUCGGCAAGAAGAGUUCUAUGAUGUCAGUGUUGUAAAUGAAACAAGGAACAGAACUUAUGAGCGGCUGGCGAAAAUUGCAAGUAGCGUUGGUGUGAACGAGCACAGAAUGCUUGAAUUACUGGUGGUGAGCGACAGACCCGGAGAAAAUGGGGCAUUGAAUGUUGGCAACCAAGUUACCAACGACAUCAAGGAGAUGGUCAAGCUGAACCGCGUGGUGGGGGUCCAUGUUUCUCCCACAGUCUUUUUUGAUGUAUGA